AUGUUCUCCAGUCUCAUUUAAGAUCAGUCUAAAUAUUCGUGUUUUAGAGGCGAAGUCAAGCAUGUAUGUGUUGAUCUGAUUAAAACUGACCAAAAAAAAGGAAUUUUUAAUAAUGAUAUAAAAUCUGAAUAAAUUAAAAUGAUACAUAAAAGCACUAUUGAUAAGCGAACAUUUAAAUCUGUAACUCUCAGCAAUUCAUUGUUAUGUCUUUUGAUAUCAGAUCCAGAGACAGAGAAGUCUGCUGCUGCUUUGAAUGUCGAUGUGGGAUCUCUUGAAGACCCAGUUGAUAGAAUGGGUCUUGCUCAUUUUUGUGAACACAUGUUGUUUAUGGGAACAGACAAAUAUCCCAAAGAAAAUGAGUAUUAGUAAUAUAUUUCAAAGAAUGCUGGAUCCACCAAUGCUUUUACAUCUGAAUUAAAUACUAAUUUCUUCUUUUCAGUUGGCAAUCAAGCAUUGGAAGGUGCUCUUGAUAGAUUUGCCCAAUUCUUCAUUAGUCCACUUUUCAGUGAUUCUUGCACAGAACGUGAAAUGAAAGCAGUUGAUUCAGAGUACAACAUGAAUCUAUAAAAUGAUUUUUGGCGCAAAUUCCAAUUGUUUCACAAUGCUUCCCUUCCUGGAAGUCAAUACAAUAAGUUUAUGAUUGGUAAUUUGAAGACUUUGUAGUUCGAAGAUACACGUGCAAGAUUACAAGAAUUUCAUAAAAGAUAUUACUCAUCAAAUGUGAUGAAAUUGGUCAUCUAUGGUUCAUAACCAAUUGAAACUUUAGAGGGAUGGGCUUAAACUUAUUUUGAGGGCAUUUAAAACAAAAACCUAGCACCUCCUUCCUACAAUGUCAUGCCAUUUGAUUAAACUAAUAUGGGGUAGUUGAUAAAGUAUGUUCCAAUCAAGAAUUAAGAUCAUUUGGAAUUAAUUUACAUAAUCGAUUAUCUAUACCCACAUUAUAGAAGUUGUCCAGGAAAAUACUUGUCUCAUUUGAUUGGUCAUGAAGGAGAAAACUCUCUAUUGUCUCUUCUCAUAAAAGAGGAUUUGGCAUAGGAAUUGUCAGCAGGUCCAUCAAACACCAUGAAACUAUUUUCAGAAAUGACAAUCAGAAUUAAGUUAACACAAAAGGGUUUAUAACAAUAUUAGAAAGUCAUCCAAUAUGUUCAAGAAUACAUUGAAUUGCUCAAACAAAAGGGACCAUAAGAGUGGAUCUUCAAAGAAAUCUCAGCCAUUAAAAAAUUAGAAUUCGAUUUCUUAGAAAAAGGAGAUCCCUUCAAUUAUGUCUGUACAUUGGCAUCGAGAAUGCAAUAAUAUCCAAUUGAAGAUGUGUUAAGAUAACCAUACUUAAUGGAAUAAUAUCAACCAGAAUUAAUUCAAAAGAUAACAAAUCAAUUGACUGGAGAUAGGUUGAUGAUGUUUCUAUCCUCAUAAACCUUUUCAAAUUAAUUAGGAAACAAGGAAGAAUACUUUGGAACUGAAUACAGUUAAUCCAAAUUCCUUGAAGAUGUAACAUCAGUCUUCAAAAAUGCAGCCAAUAACAUCUCUCCUAAAUUGAAUUUGCCUCCAUAGAAUAUCUACAUUCCUGAACAUACAAAUGUCUUACCUUUAUAAAAUGGCUUGCCUUUAUUCCCUGAAUUGGUUUUGUAAAAUGAAUAAACUGAUUUGUGGUUCAAGUAAGAUGAUAGAUUCCAAGUACCAAAAACUGUCAUUCAGCUUAGAAUCAACACAAUUGAAACUGGAUAUGGGAAAUUAGCCAAAACAGAAGCUAUUGCUAAAAUCUGGUUAGCUUUGUUAAAGAAUCAUGUCAGAGAAUUCAAUUACUUAGCAGAAAUGGCUAAAAUUGAUGCCACUUUAUAAUUGGCAGCAAAUGGACUAGAAUUCUCAAUUAGUGGAUUUAGUGAUUCCAUCUCCAGAUUUGUUAUUGGCAUGUUCCAAAAGAUUAUUUCUUUUAAGCCUCAAGAUUAUUAGGAUUUGUAUGAAUCAACAUUUGUUAAGAUUACCUAAGAAUUAGAAAACAUCAAGAGAUCUUAACCUUACUAAUAGGUUCAUUCCCUCAUGACUGUAGUAUUGAGAGAGGGAUCCUCAUUUGAAACAUAAGAGUUAUUAGAUCAAUUAACCAAUAUCACUUUUGAUGAUGUCAUUCAUUUCUCAAACAAUUUCUUAAAACGAUGCAGAUUUGAAUGGCUCAUAAUGGGUAAUUUGGUUAAAGAAGAAGCCAUACAAAUUGUUCAAAAAUCCCUUGAUUUAUUCAAAGCAAAAACUCUUAGAUAUGAACAGGUAUUAUAAAUCAGACCAGUUAUGUUAAAUGAAACAGAGAUUUGCAAUUACACUUACGAUUUGACUGAACCAACGGAAACCAAUUCAGGAAUUGUUGUCCAUUAUUAAAUUGGCAAACCUGAUUUAAGAACUUAACUCUAUAAUGAAAUCCUAUAAACAAUAAUGAAGACUCCAUUCUUUUCUUAACUAAGAACAACUGAAUAAUUAGGAUAUGCAGUCUUUUCAUUGUUGAGUGAUGUCAGGGGAAUAGCAGGUUUCACUUUCUUAAUAUAAAGUAAUGUGAAAUGUCCAAACUAUGUCUAACAAAGAAUUAGAACAUUUAUUAAGGAAAACUUGAAUAAGUAGAUUACAGAGAUGACUGAAUAAGACUUUGAAUAAUUCAAAAGCUCAGUUAAGGUCUAAUUGUUAGAGAAGGAUUACUCAUUAAUCAAAGAAUCAGUUAGAAUGUGGAAUGAAGUUUAAAAGCAUCAAAGAUUAUUUGAUAGAAGAGUAUAAUAACUCAAUAUUUUGGAUGGCAUUAAAUUAUCCGAAGUGUAAGAAUAUUUUAAAACUCAUUUGAUCGAAAAAACAAAGCAAUUUGAGAUCCAUGCCAUUUCACCAACCCACAAGAAGGAUUAGGAAGAAAUCAAGAGUGACAGCUUAGUCUAUAAUUCAUCUGACAAAUUCAAAAAGAGGCAUGGAUUGUAUCCUGAUUAUUUUUAUUAAUGAGCAGUAAUAUAUUGUAAUUUACAAUCGUUUAA